AUGGGAAGAGGAAACCAGUCUGAAGUAACUGUGUUUAUUCUUGUAGGACUAACAGAUGAGCCAGAACUUCAGUUGCCCCUCUUCUUCAUGUUCUUAGGCAUCUAUGUGGUCACAGUGGUGGGGAAUCUGGGCAUGAUCAUACUGAUUAGACUUAGUUCUCAUCUCCAUACUCCCAUGUACUAUUUCCUCAGCAGUUUGUCUAUUUUAGAUGUCUGUUAUUCCUCUGUCAUUACCCCCCAAAUGCUAGUGGGAUUCUUAUUCAGAGAUAAAACUAUCUCUUAUACUAGGUGCAUGACUCAACUCUUUUUCUUCUGCAUUUUUGUUAUUUCUGAGUGCUAUAUGCUGGCAGCCAUGGCUUAUGAUCGCUAUGUUGCCAUCUGUAGCCCCCUAUUGUACAACAUCAUCAUGUCCCCUCGGACCUGCUCCUUGCUUGUUCUUGCUGUGUUCUCUGUUGGCUUCACUGAUGCAGUGAUACACACAGGAUGUAUAUUGAGGCUGCCAUUCUGUGGGUCAAACGUAAUCAGUCAUUACUUCUGUGACAUUGUUCCCCUCAUCAGACUCUCCUGCUCUAGUACUUAUCUAGAUGAGCUCUUGAUUUUUAUUAUUGGUGGAUUCAACAUGGUAGCAACCAGCCUUACAAUCAUAAUUUCUUAUGCUUUCAUUCUCUCUAGCAUCCUGCGCAUCAACUCUAAAGAGGGCAGGUCAAAAGCCUUUAGUACUUGCAGUUCCCAUCUCAUGGCUGUCACUGUGUUUUAUGGAUCCCUUAUGUUCAUGUAUCUCAAACCUGCUUCCAAUAGCAAGCUGGCCCAGGAAAAAGUGUCCUCGGUAUUUUAUACUACAGUAAUUCCCAUGCUGAACCCCCUGAUCUAUAGUCUGAGAAAUAAAGAGGUGAAGAAUGCAUUGAGGAAACUCACAGAAAGGAAAAUAUUUUCUUAG